UCCCUUGCUGUUGACAAGUAAUAAUGAAGCUUUGUCAGUCCAUCAUGGACAUGGAUAUGCCAGAUUAUGUCGACUCCUUGGACUCCUCUUAUACCAUGCUGGAAUUUGACAACCUGCGGGUGCUCCCAAAUAACACCGAGGCCAUCGCAGCCGAAUCGGCAAACACCAACCUGCUCGCCAACGGCCUCGGCUCGCUCUGCUCCAUCUGCGGGGACCGGGCGACCGGCAAACACUACGGGGCAUCCAGCUGCGACGGCUGCAAGGGCUUCUUCAGGAGGAGUGUCCGCAAGAACCAUGUCUAUUCCUGCAGGUUCAGCCGACAGUGUGUGAUAGACAAAGACAAGAGGAACCAGUGCAGGUACUGCAGGCUGAAGAAGUGCUUCAGAGCUGGCAUGAAGAAAGAAGCCGUGCAGAACGAGCGCGACAGGAUCAGCAUCCGCAGGAGCAGCUACGAGGACAACGGCUCCCUCUCCAUCCACGUGCUCACUCAGGCCGAGGCCAUGGCCCAGCAGUAUUCAUCGCUGAGCCCAGUGCACAGCACGGACAUUGCUAUGAAGAAGGUUGCAACCAUCAACGAUGUGUGUGAAUCCAUGAAACAGCAGCUUCUGGUGCUGGUUGAAUGGGCCAAAUACAUUCCGGCUUUUUGUGAGCUUCCACUUGACGACCAGGUUGCCUUGCUCAGGGCCCACGCAGGGGAACACCUGCUCCUCGGGGUAGCCAAGCGGUCCAUACCAUACACUGAUUUUCUGCUAUUAGGGAAUGACUUCAUCAUCCCAAUGCACUGCCCAGAACUGGAAAUCGCUCGUGUGGCCACCAGAAUCUUGGACGAGUUGGUGAAGCCCUUGCGAGACAUCCAGAUAGAUGACAAUGAAUAUGCUUGCCUUAAAGCCAUCAUCUUCUUUGAUCCAGACUGCAAAGGCCUGAGUGAGCCUGGGAAGGUGAAGAACAUGCGCUUCCAGGUCCAAGUCAACCUAGAAGACUACAUCAAUGACCGCCAGUACGACUCCCGAGGGCGGUUCAGUGACAUCCUCCUCCUGCUGCCCCCACUGCAGAGCAUCACCUGGCAGAUGAUAGAGCAAGUCCAGUUUGUGAAGCUCUUCGGUGUGGCCAGGAUCGACAGCUUGCUGCAGGAGAUGCUGCUGGGAGGAACCACCAUUGAUCUCCAGUACCAGUCAGGACCUCCCAACCUCAACCUGGAACCGCUGCCAGGACAUGUCCUCCCAGGCAACAUGAGCUCUGUGAUUCACACUGCUCCAGACCCAUCUCCUGAAACAUCCCUUCCAUCUCCUUCUACAAGCACAGGCAGUGAAGACUAUAAACUAGGCUCUAGUGCAGGACCCACCGCCGUAGCGCAGCUCUUGCCUCAGACAGUGAUACCCAAGCAGGAGAUUUUAUAGGGAGAGGUGGAAGGAGAAGCUGGGAGCAAUGUGAAAACCGUGCUGAAAGUGAAACGGGCCCUUUCUCUUUGCAGAGGCAAAGCACAGCAACCCCCUGCCUGUAGCCGGAUCCGUCGGUCACACCCUUCCCCGUCCGUGAGUCGAGCGCCAGGUACCAGAUUGCAGCAGGAGCCUCCCCGCGGGUCUUCCCACCACCGUCACCCUCAUUUCACAAGUGACUGGAGUUAAUGCUCUUUUCAGUAGGACCAAGACCAAAAGCUCUUUGGAGCCGGCCUUCUGAUUGCAUUUGUUAUCACCUCGCUUGGUGUGAUCACAACCCUUGUAAAGCCUUUGGCGGCUAUCUUCAUAAAACCGAACGCCUCGUGCAGUUCCUGGUAAUCGUUAAUGAGUACUGUGUGUCUUGAAUUGUCAGUAUGAAAAGGUCUAUUCCCAUUAAAAUUUAAUUACACUCCCAUUUCUCCUGCUACAUGUUAAGCUUUUAGGAAGAAUAUUUUCAUAACCCUUAGCAGGCCAAGCUUUCUUAUUUCACACAGACAUGCCUUGUUCCACAAAGACCAGCUAACAUUUAAUGCUGGUCAGUUAUUAUUUGCAACCGGGAAUGCCAACAUUUUCUCAUUUUCCGUAAUUUCUGGUAUAGCUAGAGAUCAGUUGUGAGUCAUUUGAUGCCUCCUCUACUCUGUGUGCACAUCUCAUGCAGCUCCAAGACGGCAGCAAGGAGCUUUGCAUCAGACCACAGCCGGCGGGUCUGGUAAAACCCACAACUGGCAGGAAGCUCAAGAAGCUGUUGACUUACCAAAUCACUGUUUUGUAUCUUCUGCAAACUUUUACAGCAAACAUAUUUAGAAGUAGUAACAGUCAUAACAAAAAUGCCAAAGAAAUAAACCUUUUUGCAGUCCACAGAUACGAUUUUGCUGUAGUUUUACCUGUCUUUGAAAUGUCUGCAACCUAAACUUCAAAGUUCUGAAUUAGCCAAAAAAGGAAGAGGCAGGUGUCCUAUGAGCCAUAUACGAUAAAAAAAUGUUUGUAUUCAAAACAAGGUGCUUCUGCACUUAAUCAGCAGAAGGUGACCAAUUAUUAACCGUGUUACAAGUACUUAAAAUAUGCCCACUAGGUGACUAUAUAACCUUUAAGAUUCCUAAAGCACCGUUAUUGUUUCACAGUGUUUCUUUGAAGGGAUUGGACUUUAUUAGAAAGCAGAUUGCCAGACUUCUGCAAAACUUACGCUUACCUGUAAAGAAGUGCAGUGAUCUCUGCAGACCGCUCUGGAGGGGUUGGGAGCAGUCGUACUGGGCACGACAGAGAAUUCCUAGUUCUGCCAGGCUGCACAGAUCCAUUAACCCACGUGCAUCCCCCUCCACGGCCCAAAGGAGGUGGUGCUGCCCGGCUGGGGCUUGGCGAAGCUUUUCUCCCUGAUGCUUGUGAAGCACCUUGAGAUCCUCAGAGGGAGGACGCUGUGGCAAUGCAAUCUAAAUGACUGAAAGAGGAGUUGGGGAGAGUAUCCGAAUUUUCAUCAAAAGAGUUAUACUUUGUAUUUCGUUGCUUAGGGAGAUAUUUCAGAGUUGCCAUUCUACAGCACAAGAGCGAUCUGAAAACCAUUGAAGACUGGGUUGAAUUUCACCUAGGAUCACAAUGUUUUAUUUUUCUACUGUCUAUGAUGAAUUUGAUCUGACAUUAUAUGCUGAUAACUUUGAUUUGAAACAGCUAUAUCGGGAAACCAGGUUCCACUGCAAGCAUUCCUGCUGCAUGACAUGCAACUGUACUUGGCUAACAUUGC